GCCCCCCUGCUCCCUCGGGCCGCUCCCGCUGGUGAUGGGCUCCCCCGAAAGCGAGCAGGUGGACUUCGACGAAGCGUCCCGGCUCCGUUCGCUCUUCCUGGCCUGUGACGUGAACGGCUCCGGCCGGAUCGAGCGCGACGACUUCGGCUCGCUGUGCGCCGAGUUGCGGGUCCGGCCGGCCGAGGCAGAAGCGAUCUUCCAACGCCUGGACACCGACCGCGACGGCGCCAUCACCUUCCACGAGUUCGCCCGCGGCUUCCGCGGCGCCACUCAGCGGCGGAGGCGGCAGCCGCAUCCGCAAUCGCAGCAGCGGCGGCGGCGGGGCAACCGCGGGGAGUCUUCGGAGGAGGAAGAGGAGGUGGACGGGACGGGGGAUCCCGUCGAUGGCUUGGCCGAGGCUGCGGCGAUGGGAGCCUGCCAGGCUUGGCGGGAAUUCGAGCUCCGACUCGGGGAGGAGGCUGGCUACAUCCCCAGGCAGGAACAAGUAAGUGUUCUGUAUCAGAACAUCAAUAUAGUGGAGCCACGAUUAAUUCAACCUUAUGAACAUGUCAUUAAGAACUUUAUUCGAGAGAUCAAGCUUCAGAGUACAGAAAUGGAAAACUUAGCCAUAGCUGUAAAAAGAGCACAGGAUAAAGCGGCAAUCCAGCUUGGGGAGCUAGAAGAGGAGAUGGACCAGCGGAUACAAGCAGCAGAGCACAGAAUACAGAAGGAGGAGAAGCGGAAAGCAGAGGAAGCUCUGAAUGAUCUCAAGCGUCAGUAUGAAGCUGAAGUUGGUGAUCUCCAGGUGACAAUAAAGAAACUCAAAAUGCUUGAAGAACAAUCUAGAAACAUUAGUCACAAAGAAGAUUUGACAGCACUGAAGACCAGGAUCCAUGAUCUGACCUUGGAAAACCAGAAACUUAAAAAAGAUCUUAUGGAAGCACAGACAAAUAUAGCUUACCUUCAGAGUGAACUGGAUACCUUGAAAAGUGAUAUUGCAGAUCAGAGUCUGAACUCAGAAAGAGACCUAGACAUGAUCAGAGGCUACACUGAAGACAGAGAUAGUCUGGAAAGGCAGAUUGAGAUAUUACAGUUGGCUAACAGGAAACUUCACGACAGCAACGAUGGCUUAAGAAGUGCAUUAGAGAAUAGCUGGAGUGUAUACAACAGAUCACUGCGGCUAACAAACAUUUCCCCAGGGAACACGCUAUGCCGAAGCAGUCCCAAGAGUGGUGGUGGUCAGUCUCCUCAAAAUCCCCAGUAUGACAGGUCAUCUCACUCAUCAUAUGUGGAUGAGGACUAUGAUUCUCUGGCGCUUUGUGAUCCGAUGCAGAGGAUAAAUGGGGAGGUUGACAGCCUGCCCGAAAGCUGCUUUGACAGUGGCAUGUCUACCUUGAGAGACUCGAAUGAAUAUGAUUCAGAAGUGGAAUCCAAGCAUCAAAGGAUUUCUCAAAGGUCACAGUGUCCGCAGGAAAGCUUUCCAGGCGAUGCUUCUGACACAGAUGUGCCCGAUAUCCGAGAUGAAGAAGUCUACACUCCUGACGAAGCCAGGAGUGUCUUGGAUUGGAAACCCGCCCAGCCAGUCAGUCGAAGUAAUUCUGGAGCAUCCACAAGGAAGUGCAUCCCUGUCAUCUCUCCACAGUCGGACUCCGCAGACUGCAGCUCCAGAUACCCAAGCUCAGAGAAGGCUUACAAAAUAGUUCUUGCCGGGGAUGCAGCAGUUGGAAAAUCUAGCUUCCUUAUGAGGCUUUGCAAAAAUGAGUUUCGUGGGAACACCAGUGCAACUCUAGGGGUUGACUUCCAAAUGAAGAGGCUCAUUGUUGAUGGGGAGCCGACGGUGCUCCAGCUUUGGGACACAGCAGGACAAGAAAGGUUCCGAAGUAUUGCUAAAUCCUACUUUAGAAGAGCAGACGGGGUGCUUCUCUUAUAUGACGUUACCUGUGAGAAGAGUUUCCUGAAUGUCCGGGAAUGGGUAGAUAUGAUUGCAGAUGCAACACACGAACAUAUCCCAAUCAUGAUGGUGGGGAACAAAGUGGAUCUCCGCCCAGUGGUUUCUGAGCAAGGACAGAAAUGUGUCCCCAUCAGCUAUGGAGAAAAGCUGGCCAUGGCCUAUAGUGCACUAUUCUGUGAAACAAGUGCAAAAGAUGGCUCGAACAUUGUGGAAGCGGUACUUCAUCUUGCUCGAGAAGUGAGAAAAAGAAGUGACAGCAAAGAUGAUGACAAGUCAGUAACUAACCUGGCUGGGACAACACUGAAAAAAUCCACGCUCACCAAAAACUGCUGCAGUGUUUAGAAAAUCAACUCCUCCUUGGCCCCAAAGAAACAGACUUCUGAGGCGGAGGAAAACGAAACAAUGAAAGAUUUAGGCAUUGGUUGCACAGAGCUAUUGGUGAAUGGAAGGAUGGAAACAUUAUUCUUCGGGUCCCCCAUGAAAGAUCCUCAGUAGCUUCGGUCACUUUGCAACGAAACCAAGCAGAGAGUUCGUGAUCCUUGGUCCAGCACCAGGGCUGGUCAUUCCUGCGUGUUCGUUCUUGAACAUAGGUCCAUCUGCGUUACCACCUGUGCCUUUCUAAGCCAACUUGCCUGAUAGUCAUCGAUUGACUGUAUUCACAUAAAUACUCUGCUUUGUAACGUGGGAAGUCCAUGGCCGAUUUUCUGGCUUACAUCAUGGAAGGGAUGUGCUGCUGCUGAAGAUAUUUUAUCUGCAAUCUAAAACUUGUGCCAUUUGUGUUGAGAGAUUCCAGUACUCUGAACCUUAUCAUGCUAUGCUGUGUCAAGACUGCAAGAAACACAGUGGCAGGUUUGAUUUUGGGACUGAACCUGAAUCAGAAAGGCGCUAUGGAUAUGGAUGUGAUUUUCAAGAACACUUCUGCCCCUUCAAUGGACAGAAUAAUUUAGGAUCUUUGGGAUGAGUUCAGCAACACAGAGGGCCUUUUUCUUUUUCAAACCCUAACUAUUAGCACAGGAGAUAAAUGAGAUAAGGCCUAGUUGUUGAUAAGCUGAUAAGCCUGUGUAUGGACCAUACCAGUUCACGUUACAAAUUUGAACACUCCUCAUUGGGCGAAAAAGAUUCCUGCAUAAAGAAAAUCAGCAUUCUUGAAAGAAGGGUAGUCUGGGGAAAAGGUUCUAUACAUCUUGCGCUAUACAUGGAAAAAUUGCUAGUACUGGAGCAUGUUCAUUGUGUGAAUCCCCACCUCCUGUAUGGCCCAGACACAGGUUUGCCACCUCACUGCAAACCAGGGCUAAGCAAGUGAGCCUCUAGCUGGAAGACGUUCACCUUUCUCACCACUGAAUGCUCUCAUAAAUAAUUUAAUACAUAGUAUGUAGGUAUGUACAUUGGCUUUCCUUAAUCUCAGGGCUGGGGAAGGGCAAAUCCUACUUGAAAAGCAGUGUACAGGGGAAGGAAACUAAUUUCGUCCCACCCUAGUGUUAAUGAAACAAAAUUCCUUGCUGCAGUGCUUAGUUCACCCUUCCCCAGCCUGCUACACACUUAGAUUUGUGGACUACAACUCCCAUCAGCAUGCUCAGUGGUUGGGGAUGAUGGAUGCAAUGGUUCAAAAACUUAGGAAGGGUUGGGAAAGGAUGAUUUAAGGCAAAGCCCCCACUGGUGUUAAUAUGAACUCUUGGAGCAUCAUAGUUGUAUGUGAUGGGUGGGAAGAAGAUACUCCCCUCCCCACACAUGUAAGUUUUGCUCCUCUCCUUCCUGAAACUACGGGAAACAUGCUCCACUGUUGCUUGCUGUAUAUCAAUUUUGGCACUCUGUGGGCAAAAUAUGGGAAAGAUUUUGAGAGGCUACCUAUUUCUGCUUCCCACAAAUUGAUUUAGAUCAGUGGCCUUCAAAAGCUAAGUUCUAAAGUGAGCCUGUACUUUGCUCGCACAAACAGUCAAUGAAUCCUUCUGAAUUUCAUUUGGAAAGGCCUGAGGCUCAACAAAGCAAAGGCACAGGAAGAUGGCAAGAGGGAAACAAAGCCUCUGUAAAAUAAGUACAACAAUAGAGUUAACCAUGACUGACAAAUCAACAUCAGGAGAGCUGACUGACCUUUGGUUUAUGAAAAGGAUAUUCCACCAUUUCAUCUUCAUCAAGAUGAAAGAAAAGGGAGAGGAGGACCCAAGUAAGAUCCACUUUCAGCCUGGCUGCUUCAUUGAGCUUUCUUUGGGCAAGCCUGCCAGUUACUUGGAAAGCGAGGCCUGAAGCAUUUCUUUUAUCUCUGUUGCAAUGUAGGCUCUGCCGGCUAUGCUGGUGUGAGAGAUUCUGGAGUCACAGAAGCAUGCAAUUAAAAUCCCUGUGGAAUGUAGGUGCUGCAAUUUGGGCAGCAUGCACUUUAGUUAGAAUUGCAUUAUUAUACCAAUCUUGUCUUGACAUGGAAAAAGGAAAUCCGAAUUAUCCAAUUCCUGGAAAGUUGAUGAACAUCAUCAGGGACAAAUGUCUUCUGGUCAGACUGAGAGACUUGGGCUCUUGUAUAUCUAUGUUUUAAAUGUUUUAUGGCAUUUAUAGAUGUCCCCAUAACUAAUUUAUAAAACUAGUCUAUUUUUAUAGAAGUAUAGAUUUUAUUUUUGCCUUUCUGUGCUCAGCUUUUUUAAUGUUUUGAAGAGGGGAAAAUGUUUGUAGUUGAAACAUUCAUUAGCUGUUCACUUUUGUGCAUUCCUUUGUCCAACAUAUUGGCAACCUAGAAAAGAAAUCCAAAAUUUGCAGGUCACAAAGAGGAUUCUUUCAUCACUCAUGUGCAUGUGGCAUUGUUUUAACUUAAUGGCUUGUCUGGCAUGAGAAAUCCUCUUUGCAGCUGUAUUUUCUGGUCAUUUUUUGACUGAGUUAAGAUCUCUUGCUGAUCAAAUGUAUUCUUUGGUUGCAAGCUUAGCAUACUUUGAAGACCACUAGUUACCUGGUCCUAAAUAUGCUGGACUGAUUUGGACAUAAUGCUAAACAAUAGUUAGCAGUAUGUAAGUGAGUCUUGGGCUUGUAUGGUUCGUUUUACCUUUUGCCCUUUGCUGUGACCAAUUAUGUGUGAAGUCAGAAUAACUCUGGUUAUUUUAAACAGGAAGUAAGUAAUCUGGUGUUUCCAGGUGCUGGUACUGCAGCUCCCAUAAUCCUUGGCCAUUGGCCAUGCUAGCUGGAGUUGAGGGGGCUUGUAAUCCCAAACAUUUGAAAGGCACAAGCUUUUCUCCCUCAGGUUUAAACUGCAGCUGGCGAAUAAGCUAGAAUCAUAAGCCACAAUUUGAACUUGGGUUCUAACCAGUGUUCCCUCAAGUUUGAAUGUAACGGGGGAACUUGGUUAUUUUGAAAAUGCGAAAGCUUCCUUAAUGUCAUGCGAUUGCAUCAGAAGGUCCCACAAGACCUGCUUUGUCAGCAAAUUGGUACAGUUUAUGCAACACAGCAGAUCUUUCAAGGAGGAUGCAUCAAUGACAAGUGUUUAAAGUUGGGUGUAUUGAAAAUGAAAGUUUUUGUAACUAAGCCAGCUACAUGGGACAAGUAAGCCAAUGAGAAUUCUUGUAGCUUGUUCUUUAUUUUAAUAUAUGCAUGCAUGUUGAAUGAGAAUCAUUUAAGCUUCUAUCCCAAGUUUUAAUGGCUUGGUUUUAAAAAAAAUCAGUACCAGUAGCUGAAAUCUGGAGGAGUCCAUGGUUCCAUGUUCCAGGUCUUGGGUGCAGAUAAAAGGAAAAUAUAUUUAUCUUUAGAAAACAAAGAAACCCAAGACUAAAAUACUGAAGGAGUUCAUGAAACACACAUGCAAGAUCAUUGUUGGCAGAAUCGCUGAAUGGUAUAUCUGGAUAGGGUAUGCUUUGGAGCCUCACUGCAUCAGGGCUAAUUUAAGUCUGGAGUUUGACAUUACUUUAAAAAUUCUCACAUUACCAAGGCACUUCUGUGUAAAAUGUCAAAAGCAACUGUAACUACUGACUUGAUUAUCCCACCGAGAACAAACAGUCUAAAACCAGCAUAAUUGCACUUUUUAUAGCUUUAGUCUCUUUUAAAAUCACUGACCCUCAGCAAGAGAUCUUUUGUUUGCACGGGAAUUCUGAGGCACACCUGGAACUACUCAGCUUUCAAGAGCUCAUUGCCCAUUCAUUUCAAUGGAAAGAACAUGUUUGCUGCAAAGUCCAGUGCAUGUAGUCAUCUUGAUACAUACUCUGGUGUAAUAUGGUGUGUCCAUUUACAGCACCUUGGAUGUACCGGAGCACAGUGUUGGAGUCUGGAUUGGGACUAAUUCAGUUCCAACACUGUAUCCUUUAAGUGAUGUUAAGUCCCAAAUGCAUUUAUGCCAGUAUUGAGUAAUCACAAUAGAGCUAGGCUAAAUUUGUAGAACAAGAUUCUCUGUUGAUUUUUCAAGGACUUCAGUUGUAGCCUUAACUGCAAAAGUAGUCAUUUUAAUUUAUUUUAGUUGUCAUAUAACCUUAUACAUGUAUAUUUAUUGCCAAAGGAAAAUCUUUAUAAGUGUUCGUUUCUGAUAAAUUCUGUACAUAAGAUUUAUUUUUAUGCAUUUAGCAGUCACGUGUACUGUUGUUUCUUUCAUAUUGCCUUGCCUGUUCAAAAUGUUAAAAUAUAUCUGGUGGCUGGUGUUCUUUUUAAGGCAGCAAUUUGCUUUCUCCUCUUAAAUAUUUGAUCUAGUAAGUGCAUUGGUAUGUAAUAUGUGCUAACAGGUUGUGUGCUGAAAAAUGCUGCAUUAAAAUUUCUUAGAAUAAAAAUGAUAUU